UCGUUCACAGCUGCUCCUCCCAUUAUAUUUUUCCCUUAUUGCAGAACUGCUGCAUGUAUACAGUGACUGAAAGGACUCAAUUUACUGCAACUGCUGCCUGGUUUUACUUACAACUUUCUUUAAAGGGAGACUUACCUUCCAUCAGUCUUACUAAGGUGACAGCACUCCAGGGACAUUACUCAUCUGAAGCUAGGAACAAGGAGACCUAAGCCUGGGGUCUUUAUGGCAGAAUGAUUAAUUCCAUCUUUUCUAGAAUGGUAUGAAGAUGAAUAAUGCAGACCACUGUUUUCGAUGAUGCUGGGCUUUUAUAACUGGAUUCAUUAAGGAAUACAAAGAAAAUUCUUACAGGGAUCAAUAAUGGUGUCUUCUGGUUGCAGAAUGCAAAGUUUUUGGUUCCUGCUCACUAUCAGCUUCCUGCAGUGUACUGAAGGUUUCAGCCGUGCAGCACUACCAUUUGGUUUGGUUAGGAGAGAGCUCUCCUGUGAAGGCUACUCCAUUGACCUCCGGUGUCCAGGAAGUGAUGUUAUUAUGAUAGAAAGUGCUAACUAUGGACGGACAGAUGACAAAAUUUGUGAUGCUGACCCUUUCCAGAUGGAGAACACAGAAUGCUUCCUUCCAGAUGCCUACAAAAUUAUGACACAAAGGUGCAACAACCGAACACAGUGUAUAGUAGUUACUGGGUCAGAUGUGUUUCCUGAUCCUUGUCCUGGAACAUACAAGUAUCUAGAAGUUCAGUAUGAAUGUGUUCCUUACAAAGUGGAGCAAAAAGUUUUUGUUUGCCCGGGGACGUUGAAAGCAAUUGUGGACUCACCGUACUUAUAUGAAGCUGAACAAAAAGCAGGUGCUUGGUGCAAAGAUCCUCUCCAGGCUGCAGAUAAAAUAUACUUCAUGCCAUGGACCCCAUAUCGCACCGAUACUUUGAUAGAAUAUGCUUCCUUAGAGGACUUCCAAAACGGACGCCAGCAAACAACAUAUAAACUCCCAAAUCGAGUGGACGGUACUGGAUUUGUAGUAUACGAUGGCGCUGUCUUUUUUAACAAGGAAAGAACUAGGAACAUAGUAAAAUUUGACUUGAGGACUAGAAUUAAGAGUGGAGAGGCCAUAAUCAAUUAUGCUAAUUACCAUGACACCUCUCCAUACCGAUGGGGAGGAAAAACUGACAUUGACUUGGCAGUUGAUGAAAAUGGCUUAUGGGUAAUUUAUGCUACGGAGCAAAACAAUGGGAUGAUAGUAAUUAGCCAGUUGAACCCUUACACCCUGCGCUUUGAAGCAACCUGGGAAACAACAUACGACAAACGGGCAGCAUCCAAUGCUUUUAUGAUAUGUGGUGUCCUGUAUGUAGUGCGGUCAGUGUAUCAAGACAAUGAAAGCGAGACAGGCAAGAAUGCCAUUGAUUACAUCUACAACACCAGGCUGAGUAGAGGAGAACACGUGGAUGUUCCUUUCCCCAACCAGUACCAGUACAUCGCUGCAGUGGAUUACAACCCCAGAGACAACCAGCUCUAUGUGUGGAAUAACAACUUCAUUCUGCGAUAUUCUUUGGAAUUCGGCCCACCUGAUCCUGCCCAAGUGCCUACUACAGCAGUGACAAUAACUUCUUCAGCAGAGCUGUACAAAACCACAGUGUCAACCACUAGCACUACAUCUCAGAAAGGCCCCAUAAGCACAACAUUAGCUGGAGGAACAAAGGAAGGAAGCAGAGGACCCAAGCCACCACCACCCAUUUCCACAACCAAAAUUCCUCCUGUGACAAGUUUCUUCCCAUUGCCAGAGAGAUUCUGUGAACCGACUGAGGCCAGGGGGAUUAGCUGGCCCCAGACACAAAGAGGAAUGAUGGUUGAACGCCCUUGCCCCAAAGGAACACGAGGAACUGCCUCAUAUCUUUGUGUGGUUUUAACGGGAACGUGGAACCCCAAAGGUCCCGAUCUUAGCAACUGCACCUCACACUGGGUAAAUCAGCUGGCUCAGAAGAUCAGAAGUGGAGAAAAUGCAGCUAGUCUGGCCAAUGAACUGGCUAAACACACCAAAGGACCAGUCUUCGCUGGCGAUGUUAGUUCAUCAGUAAGGCUGAUGGAGCAGCUUGUGGACAUUUUGGAUGCUCAGCUGCAGGAACUGCGGCCCAGUGAAAAAGACUCAGCUGGAAGGAGUUAUAACAAGCUCCAAAAACGAGAGAAGACAUGCAGGGCUUACCUUAAGGCAAUUGUUGAUACAGUGGACAACCUGCUCAGGCCUGAAGCACUGGAGUCCUGGAAAGACAUGAAUUCUUCAGAACAAGCCCAUGCAGCCACAAUGCUACUUGAUACAUUAGAAGAAGGGGCUUUUGUCUUAGCUGAUAAUCUCUUAGAACCAACCAGAGUGUCAAUGCCCACAGAAAAUAUUGUUUUGGAUGUUGCAGUGCUCAUUACUGAGGGCCAGGUGCAGGACUUGAAAUUUCCUCAGGGCAAUAAAGGAGGCAACUCGAUUCAGCUCUCUGCAAGCACUGUGAAACAGAACAGCAGGAAUGGGUUAGCAAAACUGGUUUUCAUCAUUUACAAAAGUCUGGGGCGUUUUCUUAGUACUGAAAAUGCAACCAUAAAGCUGGGCAGUGACUUUGCUGGGCGGAACAGUACAAUUGCAGUCAACUCCCACGUCAUUGCAGCCUCUAUCAACAAGGAGUCUAGCCGGGUGUACCUGACUGAUCCUGUGCAUUUUACUCUGGAACACAUUGAUCCUGACAAUUAUUUCAAUGCAAAUUGUUCAUUCUGGAACUACUCGGAGAGAACUAUGAUGGGAUACUGGUCAACUCAAGGCUGCAAACUGGUUGACACAAAUAAAACUCAUACAACAUGUGCUUGCAGUCACCUAACCAACUUUGCAAUUCUUAUGGCUCAUCGGGAAAUUGUGUACAAAGAUGGAGUGCACGAAUUGCUCCUCACUGUCAUCACCUGGGUGGGAAUUGUCAUCUCUCUUGUUUGCCUGGCCAUCUGCAUCUUCACAUUCUGUUUUUUCCGUGGCCUACAAAGUGAUCGUAACACUAUUCACAAGAAUCUUUGUAUCAACCUAUUCAUUGCUGAGUUCAUUUUCCUAAUAGGCAUCGAUAAGACAGAGUACAAGAUUGCAUGUCCAAUAUUUGCAGGUCUCUUACACUUUUUCUUCCUGGCAGCCUUUGCCUGGAUGUGUCUAGAAGGAGUGCAGCUUUAUCUAAUGUUAGUAGAAGUAUUUGAAAGUGAAUAUUCUAGGAAGAAGUACUAUUACGUUGCUGGCUACCUGUUCCCUGCUACAGUAGUUGGUGUCUCAGCAGCUAUUGACUAUAAGAGCUACGGAACAGAGAAAGCUUGCUGGCUCCAUGUAGAUAACUAUUUUAUCUGGAGUUUCAUUGGGCCUGUUACCUUUAUUAUUCUGCUGAAUCUUAUCUUCCUGGUGAUCACAUUGUGCAAAAUGGUGAAGCACUCAAACACUUUGAAACCAGACUCUAGCAGGUUGGAAAACAUUAAAUCCUGGGUCCUGGGUGCAUUUGCUCUUCUGUGUCUUCUUGGCCUAACGUGGUCAUUUGGCCUGCUGUUUAUCAACGAGGGGACAGUUGUGAUGACUUAUCUCUUCACAGUAUUUAAUGCUUUCCAAGGAAUGUUUAUUUUCAUCUUUCACUGUGCCCUUCAGAAGAAAGUACGUAAGGAAUAUGGGAAAUGCUUCCGACAUUCCUACUGCUGUGGUGGACUACCAACUGAGAGUCCUCACAGUUCAGUGAAGGCAUCAACGACAAGAACUAGUGCUCGAUAUUCCUCCGGCACUCAGAGUCGUAUAAGGAGGAUGUGGAAUGACACUGUGAGAAAACAAUCUGAAUCUUCUUUUAUCUCAGGUGACAUCAACAGCACUUCAACGCUUAAUCAAGGAAUGACUGGCAAUUACCUACUAACAAACCCUCUUCUUCGACCACACGGCACUAACAACCCCUAUAACACAUUGCUCGCUGAAACUGUUGUAUGUAAUGCCCCUUCAGCUCCUGUGUUUAACUCACCAGGACAUUCACUGAACAAUGCCAGGGAUACAAGUGCCAUGGAUACUCUACCGCUAAAUGGUAAUUUCAACAACAGCUACUCAUUGCGCAACGGAGACUAUAACGACAGUGUGCAAGUUGUAGACUGUGGACUAAGCCUGAAUGAUACUGCUUUUGAGAAAAUGAUCAUUUCAGAAUUAGUGCACAACAACCUGCGGGGCAGCAGCAAGAACCAUAACCUGGAGCGCACACUGCCAGCCAAGGCUGUGAUCGGCGGGAGCAGUAGCGAAGAUGACGCCAUCGUGGCAGAUGCCUCAUCUUUGAUGCACAGCGACACCCCUGGGCUGGAACUCCACCACAAAGAGCUUGAGGCCCCACUCAUUCCUCAGCGGACUCACUCCCUUCUGUACCAGCCCCAGAAGAAAGUGAAGACUGAGGGAACCGACAGCUAUGUCUCACAACUGACAGCCGAGGCUGACGACCACCUCCAGUCCCCCAACAGAGACUCUCUUUACACGAGCAUGCCCAAUCUCAGAGACUCUCCAUAUCCAGAGAGCAGCCCCGACGUUGAAGAAGAUCUCUCUCCCUCCAGGAGGAGUGAAAAUGAGGACAUUUACUACAAGAGUAUGCCAAAUCUAGGAGCUGGCCAUCAGCUUCAGAUGUACUAUCAAAUCAGCAGGGGUAAUAGCGACGGCUAUAUAAUUCCCAUUAACAAGGAAGGAUGUAUUCCAGAAGGGGAUGUUAGAGAAGGACAAAUGCAGCUAGUGACAAGCCUUUAAUAGUGUAGCAAAGAGAUAUUAAAGGCCACGUACAAGUAUUAAAAGACUUAAUUGGCCCUGUGCAGGCUCCCUCGUAUCUGCUUGAAGAGACAAUUCUGUUGACCCUGUGGUUCUCCGGUGUAACGGGGAUGACUGGACCUCGCAGUUCUGUGAAUUUUUAUAAAACAAAAACUUUGUAUAUACACAGAGUAUACUAAAAUGAAUUAUUUGUUACAAAGAAAAAAAAUACCAACAAGGUAUUUUAAGAUAUCUUCUGCUGCUGAAUUUAACAAAAUUGUGAAAAAAAAAAAAAAAAAAGAAAAAGAAACACUUUCCAGCCAUUUUACUGCAGCAGUUUGUGAACUAAAUUUGUAAAUAUGGCUGCACCGUUUUUUUUUUUUUUCCUAGGCCUACAUUGUAUUAUAUACAAGGCGUAGGCUCUAAAAUCCUGUGGGACAAAUUUACUGUACCUUACUAUUCCUGACAAGACUUGCAAAAGCAGGAGAGAUAUUCUGCAUCAGUUUGCAGUUCACUGCAAAUCUUUUCCAUUAAGGCAAAGAUUGAAUACAUGUCUAACCACUAGCAAUCAAGCCACAGGCCUUAUUUCGUAUAUUUCCUCAACUGUACAAUGAACCGUUCUCAUGAAAAAAAUGGCUAAAGAAAUUAUAUUUUGUUCUAUUGCUAGGGUAAAAUAAAUACAUUUGUGUCCAACUGAAAUAUAAUUGUCAUAAAAAAAUAAUUUUAAAAAGUUUGAAGAAAAUAUUGUGAAAAGCUCUUGGUUGCACAUACGUUAUAAGCUGUUUUUCUUACACUCUGUUCAUAGUACAGUAGUAUAUUAAAAAUGCAAGUUCUACCUGUUUUCACUUAUUUUUUCACUGUAAACAGUGUUCUGCUUUGACAAGUUAGUUUUUAUUCUUUUUUUUCUUUUUUAAUUUUUUUGCCAAAAACAUAAUUUGGGGAGAAAAUUGUUUUAGAAGCCAAUUAUGCCAAGCCUUGCACAAAUUUGGUAUAGCUAACAAAGAUUGUAACUGAAUUCCCUGUUCAUUCUUUAAUCAGGGUUGGGUGGUAAGGGUUAAAGGGGACACUGGACACUUCUCACAAGCUUUCUCGUGAAUAAAAGGUGCCUGUCCUUUAAAAAGAUAAAUAAAACAUAACUAUUACUCUUCCAUAUUCCUUCUGCCUAUAUUUAGUAAUUAAUUUAUUUUAUGAUAAAAAUAUAAUGAAAUGUAAAUUGUUUCAACAAAAUUCUGCUUUUUCAUCCCUUUGUGUAAACCUGUUAAUAAUGAGCCCAUCACUAAUAUCCAGUGUAAAGUUUAACACCUGUUUGACAGUAAAUAAAUGUGAAUUUUUUUUCCAAAUAGGUAAAAUGUGCAUUAUUAUGUACGAAGCAUAAUUGGCAUCAGCAGUCUUUUGACCCAGCUGUAUCCUGCUUAGAAUGGCUUCUUUACAUUUCAUGAUUUAAGUGUUGAGAGUACAAUGGAAACUGUCUAUGUAGUUCGACAGAAAAGAGUUCAUCUUUACUUACUAUUCAUUAACUUAGUCACAAUUGAAUAGGAUCAAACUCAGAUAUAGCAGGGUCAUUAGGAAAAUGUACUGUAAUUUCAUAUAUUUACAUAACUUUUAAGUAGGCAUCUGUACUGAAAUCAAAAAUAAGGUGGUAAACACCACCAUCGUAUUCUCAGCAACAGUAAUUAGCAGUUAAUUAUUAGUGAUGAAGAUAUAGUCUUAUAAUGGGGAAAACAUGAGUAAGCAGCAUUUGGAUAGCACUCCUGUGCAAAUAAUCUGCUGUGCAAAUAAUCCAUCACAGCACCACUUUAAGUUAGAUAAAUAAGCAUGACUGCCUCAUUUUUAUCAGACUAGAAAACUGCAGAAGGCAGCUGAUGCCCAAGAUGUUAUCAACAAAUUGGUGGCAAAAUUGGAAGUCUGAAGUCUUUGUUCCCAAGCCUUUUUUGUCCCUCUCAACCAGAGCUCCUCAAAGAUAACGCCAAGGACUUCAUUUUUUUCAACUUCCAAAAGUGUGUUCUUUCAUAACACAGAAGCCAUGUUUUCAUAUGUGGCACCUGUGACUAUAUGUAUGACAACAGCAAAAAUUCAUUUGAAAGCCUUUUAAAUUCUGUUAGCUUCUAAUGUGCUGGAAUAUAAGAAUACUCCAUUUAGAAUGUAUAUCGAUACACAUUGGUUUUGUGUAGGUGCAUUUUGAAAAAGUUUGGAUUUCAAAAAAAUAUUUUGGGCAAGACUUCGUGGUGUUGAGACAAUUCAGACUUUGUAAAAAAAUAUCCGAGAUGAGAUGGAACCUCAGAGUUCAGAUAACCUCAAUAUGUCUGUAAUUGGGACUGUGGCACUGUAGCAAUUGUUGAAGACAAAGGCAUGUUUACCUUACCCUCCUGGUAACGCUUGUCAAUAUGUUCCUUAAUACAUAAAAGUUACUAUCUUUGUGGUAGAGUCACUGGAACAGUUAAAAUUUAAUCAGAAACUGUUUACUUCUGUUUAGCAGAGAUGCUUUAAAAACCUGAAGUCUUUGUGAAAUAAGGAUUUGUUCUGAUUCAGGGUAUACAGCAGACGCUUCGGAGCAAAAUGAUUCCCUUGGUCUGUCUGGCAACUUAAAAGCAUACUUGCUGCCUUCUACCUAGGAAAUCAUGUCUUAGGGAUUUAAAAACUGUGGUGCUCAAGUAAUUAUAGUACACGAUCUAAUAACAUCACCAGCUUUCAGCAGAAUAUUCAGCCCUAAUUCGAGCAAGUACUCCUUUGUGUCACGUGUUGUCUAACUUAAUGGUGGCGAAACAACAUGCUGGAAAAAGGUUUGUAGCAUUGUGAUCUUAAAAAUAUAUUCAACUGCAAAUGUAACACGUAUGCAUAAAACAAGAAAAUUGAGCUGAUGAACCUAAGAUGAACCAGCUGAACCUAAAUAUCAUAAGGGAAUUCUUUUGUUAGCGUCUUUGUAAUGUAGAUGUUGCUUUUUAGUGAGCCUAUUUUUUUCUCUCUCUCUCUUUUUUUUUUUUUUUUUUAAUGUUAUACUAGUGAGUGUCCUGUGUUUAGCUAACAACUAGCAGCCAAUACCUUGCCAAAUUUCUGUUGGUGUAACUUCUCAGUGUAGUAGUUUACAAUACAAUUAUAUGGCCGACAGCUUACUGUAAUUUCUUUAUGUUCUCUCUCACUUUCCUGCCAUCUUGUCUUGGGAUCAGAAGGACAGAAGAAUUGAGAGGAAGAGUCGAGAAUAAUGAAAUAAUGACAGCAGAAUUAAUGGAAACAAGUGUUUCUUCAGGGUCAUCAGUUAACCAGUUCCUAUGAUGGUGCCAAGGAUAUGCUGCUAUUUUAGGCACUGUCUUUCAGAAGAGCUGUAAUUUUCUUAUGGCUAGUAAUCUCCUGUUAGUAUCAGUGUUAACCCUACUGGCUCCAUCCAAUUCUUCCUUGUAACUUCAGUCCAGUUAUAUUCCUACAAAAGAUUAAGUGGGAUGUGCAUUUAGUGAACUGUUGUAUAAUGGUGCUAUGCAUUGUUGAAUAUAAAAUACAUCUCAAUUCUACAUAAGUGAACCAUAACAUGAAGAAACGCAACAUUGGUAAUACCUUUAUAGUUAAAAUUAAUCUUUAUCUGUGAAUUCUACAAUACACCUUUGCUUUUAAAUUGGAAAUGAGAUUACUAAUAAAGUUUACAUAUAUUCACUUA